CGCACGCACGCACACACGCACAGUGGUCAUCCUGCCUGCUGUUAUCGCAGGAGUAGUUUGUGCCCAGUAGUAGUUGAGUCAGACGCGUUGGACGCACGCCGCAUUUGAGUUUAUUGAUAUUUUUGCGGACUUGACUGCAGCAAAACGUAGCUGCACCGCCGAGCAAAAAAGAAAACAUUUUUUCCCCCGACUCGUCUGCUCCGGAAAGAGGUCGACUAGCAGGUUCCUGACAUACUACAUCUCAACAGUGGAUAAUCAUUCAAGCCGGCAAUCAAGAGAUGUUGCCGUAAUGUCUGUUUAAUGGAGGCUUUUCUUUAAGCAAGAUGUCAACCACUACGGAAAAUGGGAUCGGGGGAGCUUGGAGUUCUAACAGAGAGAAAACAUACAAAAAGACGACGUCAUCGGCCUUAAAGGGAGCCAUUCAGCUGGGCAUCGGCUACACGGUUGGAAACCUCACCUCAAAACCUGACAGAGAUGUGCUUAUGCAAGACUUCUAUGUGGUGGAGAGUGUCUUUCUGCCCAGUGAAGGAAGCAACUUGACCCCAGCACAUCAUUAUCCUGACUUUCGCUUCAAGACUUAUGCACCACUGGCCUUCCGCUACUUUAGGGACCUGUUCGGCAUCAAACCCGACGACUACCUGUACUCAUUAGUCAAUGAGCCUCUAAUUGAGCUGACCAACCCCGGAGCCAGUGGAUCUCUCUUCUACUUAACCAGUGAUGAUGAGUUCAUCAUUAAAACAGUCCAGCACAAAGAGGCAAAAUUCCUCCAGAGGUUACUUCCUGGUUACUAUAUGAACCUGAACCAGAACCCACGCACCUUACUCCCCAAAUUUUACGGACUGUACUGUAUCCAGUCGGGAGGCAUCAACAUCCGCCUGGUGGUCAUGAACAACGUGCUGCCUCGCUCGGUUAAAAUGCACUACAAGUACGAUCUGAAAGGAUCGACGUACAAAAGACGAGCGUCCAGGAAGGAGAGAGAGAAAGCCAGCCCGACCUUCAAAGACCUGGACUUCCAGGACAUGCACGAAGGCCUUUACUUUGACGCGGAGACCUACGCCAAUCUGAUGAAGACUCUGCAAAGAGACUGCCGGGUGCUGGAGAGUUUUAAGAUCAUGGACUACAGCUUGCUACUGGGUGUCCACAUCCUGGACCAGAACCAGAGAGAAGGGCUUGAGCAAGGCCAGGCGGGGGGCGACCGAUCCAGGCCUGUGGGCCAAAGGGUUCUCUACUCCACCGCCUUGGAGUCCAUCCAAGGAGACGGCAAGGCGGCCGAAGUCCUUACCACAGAUGACACCAUGGGUGGCAUCCCCGCCAAAACACACAAAGAAGACAAGCUGCUCAUCUUCCUUGGCAUCAUAGACAUUCUGCAGUCAUAUAGAUUCAUAAAGAAGUUGGAACACUCAUGGAAAGCUCUGGUGUAUGAUGGCGAUUCCGUGUCAGUGCACCGGCCCGGUUUCUAUGCCAGCCGCUUUCUCAAGUUCAUGAGCACUCGGGUCUUCAGGAAGACUCAGCAGAUUCGAUUUUCCCCUUCAAAGAGGACUCGCACAUCAAUCCACGCUCUGAAGUCGUCCUCUCAGGAGAUCCUUUCAUCGCAGGUGGAUGAGAGGGACGAGGACAAGAGCACGGGGGAGCGGCGGUGGGGGGCUCGCAGUCUGGCGAGUCUGGAUGGACAAGCUGUGUUUGGUUCAUACCUGCAUCCUGAGCUGGUCCCCGCUAACUCGUCUUACUUCAAGGACUCCUCCAUGGUCGGGGUGGACAACCAAACAGAUGAAAGAGAGGACGCUGGGUCCAGCUCCACCUUCACCUUGGAGGACAGUGCCAUAUGCCUGACCUCUGAGCAUAGCACCAUGGACGUGGAUAUGGACCGUGAUGACGGAUCGGUUCUUGAUGUCUAUUUGUGAUCCAAGAAUAUUUGGACCUGCCACAUGCUACAAUCUCAACCUCCAUUUUGUUAUGCUGCUGCUGCAGUCAUGUUGCCACUUUUAUCUCCAACACGAGAGGUUGACAGCAAAGCGACAUCACCUGAAUGGACAUGUGUGACAUCACACCGAGUGAUGAAGACACUUUACGCCGUUACGUUUCAUGUAUCUUACCAUGGCCUCCACAGCAAUCUGCUCUACAGUAUAUUUAUCUACUAUAUAUUUUAUUCUGCUGAAUAGAAAGCCUUUUUUUCCAGUUCCGCUAGUUUCUGAUCUGAUGAGAAAUGUUUACAGUGGAGCCAUGGUGGCAGGAGAGAUGCUCAGAAGGUCUGAGGCGAAAGCAGCCCAUGAAAGCCAAGGCGUGGAAAAUGAGGAAGGCUGCUCCCUCUCCUGAAGAAAAAAAAAACCCAAUUAUGUUUGGACUCCUGUAAUAAGAGAUGAUUCAUAAGCAGGGCGGAGUGGCUCACAUGAGCGCAAACUCGGAAGCGCAAAAUCAUGCACUUUCCCUCUGGACGCCCGAUUGUGCUCAGUGACCUUGUAGGUCAUUUUAAUAGUUUUGUUUGUAUCAUUGAAGGUCAUUUCAUACUGCAAUGCAUCCUCUUACAAAUCUUACAUCACGAUGCUGUCCAAUAACUCACCCUGAUUUAUUUCCAACUAUAAAUGUUGAAUCCCUGGAUCUUGUGAGUCGAUGCCAUAAUUUAUUAUAUGAAUCAACAUUUUACCAUUUGCUGAGAAGAAUAAAUCACAUUAAGACAAUGCCUAUUUAUAAAGGAGACCGCUCUGAAUAAAAUGACAUCAACGAUCA